UUAUUGCACUUUCUGAGAAGCAGGAAGAAGGUGAGCUUGUUAACCACAGACAACUGUCACUGAGUGAAAGCAAGAAGUUUCACAUCAUAGACAAACUAUAGAGCUGUAUGCCGUGACUCUGGACAGCUGUCUGCUGCUUAUGGAGCUCUAUAGGGAGGCAAUAGACUAUCUGAAUGCCUAUGGCAUCUCUCCUGUGACUGAAGAAGAGAUGGUGGAUUCUGACUUACUUCAGGAUGUGUUCGCUGAGGAGACAGAGUGGGUUUCUCACAGCCCACUGCAAACUGAAACAUGUUUGCCAUCUACUCCAACAACCGAUAGCCCAGAUGACCUGCUACAGAAGAGAAUGGUGGUUCUGAAAGGGAUUUUAAUCAGUGAGGAGAUCUACCUGACGGAGCUUGAGACGCUGCUCAUGCCCAUGAAAGCUUUGAGGGCAGCAGCAGGUACUUCUCAACCAGUGUUGUCCACUGAGCAGGUUCAGACUGUGUUUUAUCAAAUCCCUGAGCUCAGAGAUCUGCACAAGGACUUCUGCACAAGCCUUCGGACUAGACUGCAGCCAGAUAAAGUGAUGGAUCAGCAGUCACAACAAGACCUGGGGAGGGAGGAGGGCCCAGAUAUGCAACUUUACCAAGCAGAGCAUUAUUUAUCUGUGGGAGACCUGUUUCUUAAGUUUGUCAACCAGUUAGGAGUGUACCGGGGCUUCAUUGACAACUAUGAGAAUGCAGUGGAGAUCGUGCAGAAGUGUAUGCAGUCAGACGAACGUUUCAGGACGCUUGCAGAGAGUAUGAUGUCUUCCAAAGGGUCAGACAAUGUCAAAACUAAGUACACCUUUGAAGCUCUCCUGUAUAAGCCGUUAGACAGAGUGAUGAAAACCACCCUCGUGUUGCAUGAUCUGUUGAAGCACACACCCCCUGAUCAUCCCGACAGCAUCACGCUACAGGAAGCGCUUCGUCUCACCAGCAGCUUCCUGUCUGGGGUCAAUGAAAGGUCGCAGUGCAAACGAGCUGUCAUGCUUAGCAGAGGAGAGAGACGUCAACUUUUGCGUGACGGGUUUGUGGUAGAUGUGUGUGAGAGUGGGCACAACCUGAGACACCUCUUCUUGUACACUGACAUGCUGCUAUGUGCUAAACUAACAAGUGCAGGGAGGCAGGCACAGUACAGAUUUUGCUGGUACUUGCCAUUGGUUGGCCUGAAGCUGCAUUGGGCAGCUGAAAAUCUGCCCUCAUCAGAAUACCAAAUGAAAAUCAGUAAAACCAGAGCCAAAAUGCACCAGCUCAAACAAGCACUCCAGCAACAGAUGAAAGGAGCCAAGGUAUCAGUUUUUUGUGCUGUUGAUCGCUUGAGGAAGAAGUUUGAAGAGUGUGAGAUCUGGCUUUUAACAAACACACCAUCUUUUAUUUUAGACCUACACAGCACCAGUGGAAAGAGUCACACUAUCCGACUGUUUUCUUUGUAUGACCUGUAUGAGUGGAAAGAAGCCAUUGAGAAACAGAGUGGAAACUGUAUAGAGACGGUUCCUCCAGACCUGCUGUCUGUCACAGGUUCCUGUAUCAAACUCAGAAUGACUCAACAACCUCCCCUUCACUGCAUUCGAUCCAAUGAGAACGCAAACAUAUGUGGAAGCUUAUACGUGAUGGUUCAAUCUGCAUGUGGUCUGCAACACCCGAGCAGUGCGUAUGUGUGUGUGGAGGUAGACGGCUUUGAGUUUUAUGACAGACGAAAACAAACCUGCCUUUCAGCCUUCAGUGUUACACCACAGUGGGAUGAAGAGCUUGUGUUUCAAGUGGACGGAGCUCAGCAGCUGUUCCUGGUAUUUGUGUCUCAGAAUGAGAAUGACACACAACACGACAUUGUGGGCAGGGUGGUAUUAAAUCUGGACCCUGACAACAUGUUUAAGAAGUGGAAGAAAGUCACUUGUUCUUUGGGCCAAGUUGAUGUAACUUUGUCAAUCAAGUACAUGCCCCACCCUCUCGAGCCUCCUAGCAGCACCCCUCUCGUACAGGAACCAGUGUUCUGUGUGCCGAUUGAACAAGUGGCAAUGCAUGAGAGUGUGCUGGUCCCCCAUAUCGUCCGUUCCUGUGUGGAGGAGGUUGAGAGGAGGGGCCUGAAUGAAGAGGGCAUCUACAGAAUAUCAGGAGCCAGUAGCGAGAUAAAAGCACUUAAAAAUGCAUUCAACACUAAUUACCGCGAGGCUGUGAGUAAACUGAGGAGUGUCGAUGUGAACACUGUAUCAGGGACUCUGAAACUGUACUUUAGAGAACUUCCUUUACCUCUUAUUCCCUCUGAGCAAUUCAAAGAGCUCUCAGAUGCACUAGACAUUGCUGAUCCAUAUCUCAGAGCAGACAGCAUGCUGACUCUGUUGCAGGAUCUACCAGAUGUUAACCGCAACACUCUCCUCUUCCUCUUACAUCACCUGAGACGUGUUGCAGAGAGGAAGGAAGAGAAUAAAAUGUCUCUGAGUAAUCUGGCCACAGUGUUUGGCCCCAGCCUCUUGCGCCCCCCAGUGGCUCGAGUCGACAUAUCUCAAGAAGUGGAGGUUCAGGUUCAGGUGAUUUUUCUCUACCUACAGUGUCAGAACCUUCCAGAAGCUCUUCUCACAAAACAACUGGACAUUGAUGAGCUAGAGACAUGAGCUUUCAACAACCAUACUCCUAUCUGUCUGCGUAUUCAUGGUCGUCUGUACAUUUAUUUAAAAACAUGUUCAACUCGCCUUAUUUUACAGAUUUAUCAGUGUAUUAUUUUAUUUUAAGAUUUUAAUGUCAUUAAAUAAUGACAUGACCACAAGUUGACCGUGUUUUAAUGUUUCAGUACAUGCUCUGUGAAAUUUUAUGGGGACAAAAACCAUGUGCGAGAUCAGGAGUUUAAUAUAAAAGCGAAAGAUUUCCCCACGCAGAUUUUGCUCAUGUUCAGGUUGGUCAUGCGAAUUUGCCUCGCUGACCAACAGAAAGCUGCUUGGUUUGAAAGCUGUGUGAGCUGACAAUUUUGCCUGCAAAAUUUCGCCUAACUUUUGCUAAUGUGAUCGCUUCUUUAGCUACAGGUCAGAUUGUGGGCACUUUUGAAGUAUAACUAACUGUUAGUGAGAGAGAACCUGAAACCCCUGUGUCUUUUGAUCCAGGACAGAAAGGUAUUUUCUUGUUGUAUCGUAUGUAAAGGCCUUGACCAACCAGGACCUCAUAGAAACAGAGACUCUGGGUGGGCCGAAAGGGCAAUAGGGGAGAAAGGUGAAGUGAGACACUUGUAAUAUCCUACCACAGAUGGCCAGUUCUCACACACUCACACUUGUGGGGGUCACCAAUAACUCUGCCACUCUCCCCACCCCCUCACCCCCACCUCCAUGCAAAUCAAUCCGCUACGGUUCAGCUUCAACAAGACCAAGUUCACCAUGACAUGCACCAGCACUUCAAAGAGAUCCAUGCUUCCUAACCUCUCCCCCGCGGUUGCUGGGUGUUGCUUUUCACCUCAGCUUAUGCCCCACCUGGCCGGGCUGGGAUUCUCUCUCCCUCCCUCGGCCUGAUUUUGACUUUGAUCCAUAAUCCAAACUCGGAAAAGCGCUCCCGUUCCCAGCGUUCCAGUCAGGAAAAGUGCAGUGAUGUCAGAUGUGUGCCGUAACGCCUUCCAGACAUAGCCUCGGUUACAACGUAGCAUCAAAUGAGUUAUGAAAAAAAAAUCAGUGCUCCCACGCUAAGACGGCCACCAAUAAAACAGGUUCCUGCAGUUAAGCGCUAACGCAGACGGGAUGAUCAGAAAAGAUCUUGCUAUUAGAAUAAAAAGGAGUGAAUGAUGGAUCGAAUGGGAAAAGCUCAAUGAAAUACGGACAUUAUUAGCAACGGCUGUACUUCUCUAGGGGGUCGAACUGAAACUUAAAUUUGAGGGCAUAGUUUGAAAUGUACAUCAGAUGCUAACAGACAAAAUAGCCUCGUGAAAUAUGAUCAGAUAAUUUUAGUACAGGGGUUUUCAAACAUCUUGAUGCCAAGGAAAGACCCUUAAAUAAGACAAUCCCCUUGCAAGGGAGCACCUUUAAUAUAUAGAGCAUCUCUAAAUAUUCAUGACACAUUUGUACUGUUAGAAAAAUAGUAAAGAUAACUUUUUCAGUUUUUAUAUUGUCAUUAGCUAUAUUUCCUUCCUCCUAUUUUUAUGCGCAUUUUGUGAUAUCGCAUUAAAACACACUGGAUUAGCUAGUUAUCCAAUUAGCUGCGUUUCCAUUACCCUUCAAAUUGCACAAAUUGAAAUUGCAAAUACGCCGAAUGGAAACACGUCAAUUUCGCAAAAACUCCCAUAUAUCACAAAAAGUUUUACGCUCCCAUGAGGAGGGUUUUCAGUCCAUUUGAAAAAGGAAUACUUAGCAAAACUGCAAUGGAAAUAGUUUUUUCACUUUGCAGGUAACCUGGCGUACAUAAAAGUCGAUCAUUCUUUAAAGAUGAGACAGAGUUCUUUAUUAAACUCAUAAAAGACAAAAGAAUUACGGGAAUACUGGAUUCUAAACAACAAAAACAUGGCACAAUUCAUUAAGACCUCGAAGCAGAUAGGAGGGAGAGACACCCAGAAACACCUCACAUGUGGCCGCUCCCAAGUUUAAGGGGCUUUCCUUGCCAUUAAUGCUUGUAUAACACGCCUAUGUCUCCUUCGAUUAAAAAUAAUGGCUAGUGCGGUGGCUGCGAUAUACUUUAGACGUCAUCAUGACAAACAGGACAUUUGGACAGCAUUUCUCAUGAAAAAGUGGAUAAGUAUUCAUACACAGCGCAGAUCAUAAUCAGUGAGCAUGUUUUUAAAUAAAGUUGUUUUCUAAAUAAAGUUUGAGGAAGCUUGGUGGUGGUGACGUUGAUCCGCGACCAUGUUGUGCUGUAGUUCGUUUAUAGCCUACUGUUAGCUUUUUAUAUCUGACGACUUUAUUUAGGCUUCAAAAUGUAUAAAUGUUGUGUUAACUUGUAAGGAUUAUCUUGAUAGACAAAACGUGUAAGUGUCAUAACCCUUUGUUAAACACAGAGCUUAUUUUUUGCGAUUUUUCCAAAAGUCUUUGGGAAAAAUGCAUUGGCUUUCGAUCGAGGGAACCCGUGCGCCGCUAACUUCCGGGUUGGCCUACAAAAUGCGAUGGAAACACAUUUACCGAAUAAAAUCCCUGGAUGCUUACCAAACCGCACGUGACUUUGCCUCAGUGGAUGUGAUUGGAUAACUGGACUAACCAGCGGACCAAUUUCAUUUCGCAGCAUCUUAAAUGUUAGUUUGAUCAUUCUGAAGUGCCUGAGCCAGUCAUCAAUGAUUUGGUUUAAUUCCCUCCCAGAAGCAUCUCACAAACACCAAGCAUCCGAACGCAAGAUAAUAUGACAGCGUUUAUUGCAUUUCGUCUAAGUGUUCUUGAAACGCAAAACAUUUAUGAUGUAGGAAAAAAGAGGCACAGUGGCUUCUCCGAUUGCAGUAACUUCCAUUUUUAUUACAGAUAUUUUCGCUAGAAGGGAUACAGCUACGGCCAGAAGUGACGCAAAAUCUCGCCAUAAAAUAACAAUAAAUUAAUUUUAUUAACUUCUACACCUACCCCAACCCUAAACCUACCCUUACAAUAAUCCAAAUACAGUAAUUAAUUGUUGAUCAGCAUGACAAAAAUGACACAAUAUUGAUGUGCGCAUGCCCAGUGGAACAAUCUGGACGUAGCUGUAACCCUUCUAGCUCUAACCAUGGCUGCGUUCAUCCCCGACAAAACGUUGCGAAACGUUUUUUAAACGGACACGGUGGUGCAUUGAACACCCUGUUCUGAUGACGCAAGAGUUGCAACUACGGCAGCUGAGAAGGCCAUUCUUUGUGUUCUUUUUGAAGAAUUUUCAGAGCCUGAUGAAAUCGGUAUAAAUACGUGUUUAAUACUGCAAAAUACGCUCGAUGUUACAGUCACUGCACUUGCCGUCUAGAAUAAAAGAGAACAUCCCAAUCGAGUGAAGGGAUUUGUGGAAACUGUGGUUCCUAAUUAUUGUGAUCCAACAUUUGCCUUGCAUUUCAGGAUGAAAAGACAAACAUUUCAGAUGAAGGAUAAUCCACCUCUUACCUCCGAGACUAUGUUAUGAUCUAUAUGAUUAUUUUUAUUGCGAGUAUUAGGCUUAUUAUAAUUCAUAAUCACUAUUGUUGUGCUAUUGUAAUAUUUACCAUCAUAUAAUCAAAGGAGUAUAGAAAGUUUAUGAAAGUGUCACUCCACAAUACUAGCAAAUAUAUAAUUAUGUGUAGUAUUUUUAUGUUACAUUAAUACCCAUCGUGCGAGCUGUCUCUUUAAAAAUGGUUUAUGUACAUGUAUCUGCUGAUUGGGCUAACAUUUUUGACACACCCACCAAACAAGAGAAAACGUAUCUCAAACCUGUUGCGUUGCACACCAUUUCCAGGAAACAUGUCGUUCAACCCGGAAACCGUAGCAAAACAUUGCGCACCGGUUUGAGCUUGAACGUGCCCCAUGUUUUUGUGCAAAUUUCCCAGGAAGUGAUGAUUUUGUCCUCUUUAAGACAUGGGAUGGAAACGCUGCUUUAGUCGCAAAAGUUUUAUGCAAUAUUCCAAUUCCAUAAAAUGGAAACUAAAACCAAAACAAAAAGAAAAAACAAACUUUUCAGUAAAGUGCAAUGAAGGAGAGACAAGCAUACUAAUUUUGGAAUAUAUUAUUUAGCAAUAUUAUUGGAGUAAAAAUAGAUUCAGUAUUUCAUGACAAACUUUACACUGAUUUUUCCCUAUUGCAGAAAAUGUUGUAGUUUCUGGGUCUUGAAAUUAACCCAAGCUUUCUCACUUGCACAUACUGUAUGGAAAAAGCAAGAUCCGCCUGUAGGAGUAACAUUUCUGAAAGGCACGUGUUUCCAUUCUUUUUUAGUAUAACACCCCAGUCAGUCUAAUCAAGCUCAAUCAAGAUUUGGAAAAUCAAAGUUCAUUUUAAUUUUAGCAAACCCAACUAGCAGAGCAACCUGAUGACAUACAGAUCCACUAUAAACCUAAAUCCACUGAGCUCAUGACUGCCAUUUUGUCAUUGUUUGGAUGUAUAUUUUACAUGUUAUGUAUGUGUUCUGUUGAGGUUUAUCAGUGUGGUACAGUGAACCAAUAUAUAUGUACCACAGAUGGCACCAGUUUUAUUAGCACUAACAGCGAGCAGGAAUCUUGUUGCCAUGGACGCAAUGUGUUCGUAUGAGAGGCAUGCAUGCAAGGGAUCAACUGGAUUGACCUCCUCACUCUCGGGUUAACAGAAGCCGCGUGUGUAUCUGGUUCCCUUUGCCCGUCUAUGCGUAUGUGUGCGUGAUCUGAACAAAAGUGUGUUAGCAACAUGUUCGGGAAGGCUUAUUAAACAGUGAGGUUCAAUCUGCGGUAUCAUUAUUCACACUGUGAGAAAGAACAGAGGAAAGUGAGCGAGCGUGAGUGCGGUAGAGCUUGUUGAACUUUGCCUCUGUAAUGUACUGUAGGCCUCAUGUCUCGUAAAAAUUCCUCUUGCCAGCCAGUAAACACACAGGAUCUCAGAGUUUAUUCCACAUGCAUUCACUCUGUAUGUUCUUAAAGGAAUAUUCCGGGUUCAGUACUAGUUAAACCGAGUUGACAGCAUAGUAGCAUAAUAUUGAUUUCCUCAGAAUAAAUAAAUUAAUAAAAUUGACUAUCCCCCAUUUUUCUUUAAAGUCGGCAUGAAACAGAAAUUGUGAUGGUCUUUUCUUCCCUAUUGUGAUAUAUAUAAAACGGCUUCUCAAACAAGAAAAAAUGUAGGCUGGGAUUUGAUUUUGUAUUUCAUUAGGAACUGUAUAAAAGCAAAAAUGUAAAGCCUAUAAUUUUAUAAAACCACUUACAUGACUUCUGUUAAAACUUGUAGGCCUGUUUGUUGUGUUGCUACAAUGAGAUAUAACUUUACACAGAAGAGAUUAAGCAAUUUUUAACACUAAAAUCAUGUUAACACCCAUGUUGUUUGUCUUGCUCUGCUGCCUUCCGAAACAGUGAGAAUUUUUAACGUUUAUAGAUUGUCUCCUUUCACUUCCAUUUUAGAAUUUAAGAAUUUCCAGCUGCGCAACUGGAACAAAAUCUGUGCAAACAAACUUAAUCAUACUGUUAAUGCAGGACUAAAUGUAAUUGUUAAAUAACCAUUUAACAAGUGAUAUAAUAAUGUAUCAUUACUGCUUAGCUAAAAAAUGGAAGUUGAAAAUUCAACUGAUUCGUGGUAACUUAUUUCAUGAUUUAACAGUGAAUUUGAGUUUAAUGUGGGUAUAUUAUCAGUAAAAAAAAAAUACUCAGCCAUUUGUAUCCAUGCGAUUUAGAGAUGAAGGCCAUGAAUGAUGUUGAAGGCCAAAUAAUGUUGUCCAGUAGAGGGAGCCACAGGUUAGCAAAAUUGUUCAGUAAAUUGACUUGUUAAAAAAAAAAAAAAA